AUGGGGGAGAAGAUGGCGGAAGAGGAGCGGUUCCCCAACACAACUCAGGAGGGUCUCAAUGUCACCCUCCACACCACCCUCAUCGUCACGACGAAGCUGGUGCUCCCAACACCCGCCAAGCCCAUCCUCCCGGUGCAGACAGGGGAGCAAGCCCAGCAGGAGGAGCAGUCAAGUGGCAUGACCAUCUUCUUCAGCCUCCUCGUCCUAGCUAUCUGCAUUAUACUGGUGCAUUUACUGAUCCGAUAUAGAUUACAUUUCCUGCCAGAGAGCGUUGCUGUUGUUUCUUUAGGUAUCCUCAUGGGAGCAGUUAUAAAGAUUAUAGAAUUUAAGAAACUGGCAAAUUGGAAGGAAGAAGAAAUGUUUCGUCCAAACAUGUUUUUUCUGCUCUUGCUCCCACCUAUUAUAUUUGAGUCUGGCUAUUCACUGCACAAGGGUAACUUCUUUCAGAACAUUGGUUCUAUCACCUUGUUUGCUGUUUUUGGUACAGCCAUUUCUGCUUUUGUAGUAGGCGGAGGAAUUUAUUUUUUGGGACAGGGGGGUAUCUUUGUGUGUCUGUAUGUUUUUGUGUGUUUUAUUUUGCAGGCUGAUGUAAUCUCUAAACUCAACAUGACAGACAGCUUUGCGUUUGGCUCCCUCAUAUCUGCUGUGGACCCAGUAGCUACCAUCGCUAUCUUCAAUGCCCUUCAUGUGGACCCGGUGCUCAACAUGCUGGUUUUUGGGGAGAGCAUUCUCAAUGAUGCAGUCUCCAUUGUCUUGACCAACACAGCUGAAGGCUUAACAAGAAAAAAUAUGUCAGAUGUCAGUGGGUGGCAAACAUUUUUACAAGCCCUUGGCUACUUCCUCAAAAUGUUCUUUGGCUCAGCAGCUCUCGGCACUCUUACUGGCUUAAUUUCUGCAUUAGUGCUUAAGCACAUUGACUUGAGGAAGACGCCCUCCUUGGAGUUUGGCAUGAUGAUCAUUUUUGCGUAUCUACCCUAUGGGCUUGCUGAAGGCAUCUCCCUUUCUGGCAUCAUGGCCAUCCUGUUCUCUGGCAUCGUGAUGUCCCACUACACGCACCAUAACCUGUCCCCAGUCACCCAGAUCCUCAUGCAGCAGACCCUGCGGACCGUGGCCUUCAUGUGCGAAACAUGUGUGUUUGCAUUUCUUGGCCUGUCCAUUUUUAGUUUUCCUCACAAGUUUGAAAUUUCCUUUGUCAUCUGGUGCAUAGUGCUCGUGCUGUUUGGCAGAGCAGUGAACAUCUUCCCGCUUUCCUACCUCCUGAACUUCUUCCGUGACCAUAAAAUCACACCGAAGAUGAUGUUUAUCAUGUGGUUUAGUGGCCUGCGGGGCGCCAUCCCCUACGCGCUGAGCCUGCACCUGGAUCUGGAGCCCAUGGAGAAGCGGCAGCUGAUCGGCACCACGACCAUUGUGAUCGUGCUGUUCACCAUCCUGCUGCUGGGCGGCAGCACCAUGCCCCUCAUCCGCCUCAUGGACAUCGAGGACGCCAAGGCCCGCCGCAGGAGCAAGAAGGACGUCAACCUCAGCAAGACGGAGAAGAUGGGUAACACCAUCGAGUCGGAGCACCUGUCGGAGCUGACUGAGGAGGAGUACGAGGCCCAUUACAUCAGGCGGCAGGACCUCAAAGGCUUCAUGUGGCUGGACGUCAAGUACCUGAACCCCUUCUUCACGAGGAGGCUGACCCAGGAGGACCUCCAUCAUGGCCGCAUCCAGAUGAAAACGCUCACCAACAAGUGGUACGAGGAGGUGCGUCAAGGCCCCUCCGGCUCCGAGGAAGAUGAACAGGAGCUGCUGUGA